GCCUUACGGCCUCAGUCCAGCGAGCAAUAACCCGAGAUCUACUUCCAACAUGACCACCGCUAUCACGUCCAUCGCAGAGCUCAACGUAACCCUUAGACGAGCCAGGGUAACGAUUCCCGUCACUUCAUUCGAGCAAAAAUUCCUUGACCUGCCAGACAAAUCUGUCGCCGAGCCAUUUAGACGUCUCCUAAUCAUCAAGCCUCUUUCUAGGAACGAUCCGGGAGUCAUCGAGUUCUGCAACAAGCAGCGGGAGAGACAGCAGACGCAGCAGACAAGUUUCUACGUUGAAAGAUACCAGAGAACCAUCGCGGCGAUUAGCCAAGACCAAGGGGGUAUAUUCGAAGGAAAUCGAGUACGCCGCUUCUUUGAUCUGGGCUAUUCACCUGGAGGAUUUUCUUCGUGGUUGCUUAAUAGAAACCCGAGUGCCAGAGGGGUAGGAAUAGACAAGAAUGCUUCUGAGGGUUCGAUGUUGGAGAAUGAAGCUGGGCGUUAUACGAUUCGGACUGAAGAUAUCAUCACCCUCGUCUUGCAAUCAGUGGAAAAUGGGGAGGAUCCCAUUAUACCGCUGGCUGCAAAUGACGGUGAUGGUUCGGCCAAUCAUUACGACCUCGUCAUAGCAGGCGCGUUCCCCGUCGGUGAAGGUCACAUCGAAUGGUGGAUCCGACUCCAGCUCGUGCUCUCUCAGCUUCUUCUUGUCCUGAUCAAUACCACUCAGGGUGGGGCGUCCAUCAUAUUGGUUAAUACAAAGCCAUUCUGUUGGAUGGCUGAGGAAAUUGGUAUCCUCCGACACUCCUUUGAGCAACUCACGGCGAAGAAAGGUGACACUCACAAGAAGAGUUCAUCCUGCUAUCUUAUCUGCACGGGAUUCCGAGCAUCCAUGGAGGAUGUGCAGAAGUAUGGAGCAUGGAUCAAAAAGAUGUUGGUGCGAUUGCAAGCUCGUUCCAGGGAGGAAGGAGCAGGGCGCGUAUUUGAUGCAGAGCUAACGAUGCCUACCAUUUCUGGACGUACAUUCGAUGAGAUUUUCGACAGUGAGCACCAGAAGGUCUUGGAGCUCUUCACGGAGCCAUGGAAUAUUCAAUACAAGGCCCUGAAAGGAAUGUUCGAGAAUAUCAUCAGCAAGAAUGCAGCAAGUCCUACGUCGGCGAAAUCUUUCUGGGGUAGUGCGAGUGCGCCUGCGGGUAGAAACAGGGGUGCGGGUGCUGAUAGCGAUUCCUGGCUUUGAGAAGACAAACAGUUCUCCAAUGGUUUGGAACAGACGAUACACGACGACGUAGGCUGGUCACUUUGGCCCAGCUGCCCUUUUACGUUCUAUGAGUAUUCCACUGAGUCCGAUUCUCUUCCCGACUGUUGCUGUACAAUAUUGCAUUCUGGCUCUGUUAUGUCUCCGACACGUGAUCCCGAAUGGAAUCGACAAAGCGAACACUUGUCGGAUAAACGGAGCUUUCUGUGUAGUCU